CAAACGGUUGACGUGAGCACCAGUAUAGGUGUGGUGAGGGGUCAACGGUUAACAGUGUUGGGCACCGAAAUUGACCAGUUUUUGGGCAUACCCUACGCCGAGCCACCUGUAGGGGCGCUCAGGUUUGCUAAACCCCAGCCCAUUGUCAAACCAUUUGAGGAUGUGAUCGAUGGCACAAAACCCAAAAACUCUUGCUUUCAAAACACACUGAUUCCUAUUGCAAACCUGACGGAAAGCGAGGACUGUCUGGUGCUGAGCAUAUGGGGGCCGAGCCGUGGCAAUGGGAGCUCAAGUACAGGUGCUCUCAAACCAGUGAUGUUUUGGAUAUACGGCGGAAGUUUUAAGACCGGCUCUAUAUUCUUCCCGAUAAUCGACGGGACAGUACUGUCCACUCGGGACACAGUCAUCGUGUCUGUUAACUAUAGGGUCGGACCGUUUGGGUGGUUAUACGGGGGCAGUAAGUCUGAGGCGCCGGGCAAUCAGGGACUGUACGAUCAGUUGUUGGCUCUGCAAUGGGUGAGACAAAACAUACAUCGGUUUGGCGGCGACCCAAAUAGGAUCACCAUAUUUGGCGAGAGCGCCGGCAGUUGGUCCGUAUCGGCUCACGUAUUGUCGCCCCUAUCGAGGGGUCUCUUUCAGAGGGCUAUACUGGAGUCCGGAGCCGUGUUUGGUAACAAAGAGGUGCCGGAUCUGACCCCAGACGUGGCACUCUCUCAGGCCAUACAAAUGUCCAAAGCGUUCAACUGUUCCGAUGAUAGCCAAUGGUUGGACUGCUUAAGACAUGUGGACGCGAAAGUGUUGACGAAAUACAUGGAUCUUAAGACAAACCCUAUCAUCGGUACCCAAUUCUUGCCAUUGAAUGCACAAAACUCUUUCAAAACACACAACUAUAGCACAGAUAUAGACAUAUUGGCCGGUGUUGUGCGGGACGAGGGCUCACUACUUGCCCGUGCGUUUUACCCUAAGUGUAAGUCCCUGUCAUCUGCGGCGGAUUUUGCCGAUUUGGUCAAAUCGGUGACCAUUCCUCGACUCGACGCCCAGAAAAUCGCUGACUUUUACAUCAGAGGUGUCAAUACCAGUGCCCCUCAUGAGCUGGAAAGUGCUUUCUGGCAGUUUUACGGUGACGUCCAUAUAGUGUGUCCGACGUAUCUCUUCGCCAAACAAUUUGCCAAAUGGUCGCCCAAAAUGCGGGUGUAUUUCUACGACUGGACGUAUGUCUCGCAUAUAUUGGCACCGAUGAUAGGCUGUACCGAAGAGAUGGGCGUCUGUCACGCCUCUGAGCUCGAGUACGUGUUCGGAGCGCCGAUAGUCAUGAACACCACUGACCGGCAAUUUAGCGAUAAUGUGGUCACAAUGUGG